AUGGAUGAUAGCAGCAUGAGAAAGAAGCAUGAGACCCAGAAUGGUAGCAGCCUACUGACUUCCUCUCAGAGUACAGAAGAGCAAUCAGGGAAGGCCACUGUGCUUCAAAAAGAAGUGGGCCUGGUGAGUGGUAUCUCCCUGAUCGUAGGGACUAUGAUUGGCUCAGGAAUCUUCAUUUCUCCUAAGGCUGUGCUGCUGUAUACAGGGGCAGUGGGGCCAUGCCUGCUUGUCUGGGCUGCCUGUGGGGUAUUGGCUACUGUGGGGGCCUUGUGUUAUGUUGAGCUCGGCACCAUGAUCACCAAAUCUGGGGGAGAGUAUCCAUAUCUAAUGGAGGCCUAUGGUUCCAUUAUGGCUUACCUGUACUCCUGGACCACUGCCAUGGUUUUGAAGCCCUCCUCCUUCGCCAUAAUCUCCCUCAGUUUUGCAGAGUACGCUUCCACACCUUUCUACCCAGGUUGCAGUCCUCCUCUUGUAGUCACCAAGUGCCUUGCUGCAGCAGCUAUAUUGGCAAUUGUUCUAGUGAACUGUUUAAGUGUCAAGUUGGCCAACUACGUCCAAAAUGUGUUCACUGCGGCCAAACUUCUUAUCAUCCUUGUCAUAGUGGGAGCUGGCAUUGUUCUGCUAGCACAAGGAAAAACAGAAAAUCUUUUGAACUCUUUUGAGGGGGGAACAACUACAUUUGGGGCCAUUGGGCUUGCAUUCUACAAUGGACUUUGGGCUUAUGAUGGCUGGAAUCAACUGAAUUUUAUCACAGAAGAGCUAAAAGACCCAUACAGGAACAUGCCAUUGUCCAUCCUCAUUGGGAUUCCACUGGUAUCUGUGUGUUACGUGAUGGUCAACGUUGCUUACUUCACUGUUAUAACCACAACGGAACUGCUGCAGUCUCCAGCUGUUGCUGUGACCUUUGGCGACAGAGUCCUUCACCCUAUGUCCUGGAUCGUCCCACUUUUUGUGGUCUUCUCCACAUUUGGCUCUGCUAAUGGGAGUUGCUUCACUGCUGGCAGACUGACCUAUGUGGCGGGAAGAGAGGGUCACACAGUGAAAAUCUUGUCCUGCAUCAGUCUGAGGCACCUUACCCCCUCCCCUGCCCUCAUUUUCAAUGGAAUUUUGGCUAUUUUCUAUAUCAUCCCAGCAGACAUCAAUACCCUUAUCAACUACUUCAGCUUUGCCCAGUGGGUAUUCUACGGUCUGACGGCCCUGGCUCUAAUUGUUAUGCGCUUUACCAGGAAGGAGCAACCAAGACCAGUCAAGGUGCCAAUAGUCCUCGCUUUCCUAAUGGUGGUAGUGUCCUGCUACUUGGUCCUAGCCCCUAUCAUUGAUAAGCCAGAUUUGGAGUACCUCUAUUGCACCAUCUUCAUCUUCAGCGGGCUCCUACUUUAUUACCCUUUUGUCUACCACAAGGUCAGCUGGGCACAGAAAUUCAUGAGUCCCAUUACCAUGCACCUCCAGCUGCUGAUGGAAGUGGUCCCCCCGGAGAAAAUCAAAUGAUGACAUAGAGAAUCAACUUCCUGGGACAGAAAUAAAAUACAAAAAUCAACUGGAAUAAUGUGCUGCGGCAGUUUCCAUAGCCUGGGGUUUGUUAACGACGGUUUGAGAACUUGGUACCCAAGUUAAGCCGGCUAUUCAUUUCUGUGGGAUCCCCCGCACCACACACUGUAAGUCUUAUUUUUUAUGAACCUGUGGUCAAACAUGAGAAAUGAAGUUUCCUUGCUUCUUGUAAUCUGGAGACAUUUACAG